CGCCAAACACUUAUGACUGCGGUACGAGUAUACUCUAGAAUUUACCGAUAAGAACGAUACCCUUGUAACCCUGGCUGUCUAUAUAUAAGUUGUUUCUCCCAGACUCUCGCGCCAGUAAGGAAUAAACUAUUCGCGGAACAUGAUCAAGCUACUAGUACUCAGUUUCUUGGCUGCGGCCAGCGCGGCACCUCAGUUCAACCAUCACAGGCAUUCCCCAUUCUCUCAAGAUUUCCACAAUGAUUUCGACGUCAACCCCUACUUCGGCGAGGAAAUGUUCGACACGCACCGCUUCUGGCUCGACUUGGAGUUGCAACUCCGGCAAAUGGACUCGAUGUUACAAGAUUUCCAUCGUCAUUUCCCGAAAUCCACCUCCUCGGCAGGUGUGGUAGGCCACGAGUACAAAGUCGUAAUAGCUCUACCAGGUUUCGAAGAAAAGGACGUUAUAGUGAAAGCUCGUGAGGGUGUACUUAUGGUUCAAGCAGUCCACAAAAGUGAUGAGGGGUCGCAUAACAACUAUAUCGACAUACGCACUCUACCAGCUAAUGUGGAUGUGUCUGGAGUUUGGACGUUUGAAGAUGGAGUUGUCACUAUUGUUUUCCCUAUUAAGGGUGUUAGCACAACAACCGAAGCUCCUUCAACCACUCCCGAGAUGAUGGAAGCAGUUACGAGAGGGCUCGGAGAUCGCGAAGAAAUGGGUAAUGGGAACUCGUAUGAAAAUGACAACCAGGAUGCGGAUGUUGGAGUUAGCCACAACGUCGAAAAAGAUCAUGCGAUUAGGACGAAUGAGAUACAAAGAGGCAUCGAGGCGACUACAUAUGCUAUCGAUUUGAAGGAUGAAGUUGAGUUUGUGCCUGUACACUAUAAGUAGGUAAUGAC